CGUGUUGGUACACUGGCUGUCGGACGAGCCUACCUGCUACACGUCUCCUGUACUCUUGUAAUGAAGUGACUCUUCCGCCCACACAACCACCCGCACGCUACUGGCUUCCACAGAAGGAAAAUGUGAUAUUGAUAGAAUGUAAAACAAACGAAUUAGUGAUCAGAUACAUUUACAUUGUGUGGAUCCCAUUGCAAUUAGUGAGCAGGUAAACAGACUCCAGAAGGCUUCCUUGACCUAAGUAUUUGUGACGGUGAUCAGCAGUAAUGUUGGAUGGACACCUCAGAGUUGGAAAAACCUGCCAGCUGUUGAAUCAAGGUCGUGGUGACUAACUUCAGAAGCAAGAAAGGUGUGAAGCCUCAAGAUCACUGAAUUAACUCUAAUAUAUCAUAUUUUCUUAAUACUUGCUCACACGUUUAACUUUUCCCUCCCAAAUCACUGGUCCUCAUUUCUUCCCAGGUUCCAUUCCUAUUAUUUCUUUCAUUUCUUUUUUAACCCUAUUUUAAUGCACUUUUGUUAACUGACCUUGUUUUAUGUAGUGCUCAUGAUCUUUGCGCUUCUUGUAAGUUUCUGUAAGUUCCCCUCUCCUACACCUCCCAUUUUUUUUUGAUCUCCCCUCUGACGUCCUCCUGCCUCUGAUCUUCUCUCUAACGUCUUCCUGUCUCUGAUCUUUCCUCUGACCUCUCCUUCUUCCGACCUCUCCUCUGUCUAACUUGUCGGUGCUCGUCAGUAUCUUACUUGUGGCUCUGAUCCACCUGCUGUAAUUUAACCUUGUAGUUCCAUUAGUACAUAUUUUACCCUAUCGUGGCCUUACCUUACCCCUUGGCAUUUUUAAGCUUAGAGAUUCGACGUCUGACUCCUUUCUCGUGGAUUAUCUACAAACGCGACUACAUUAGAAAAAAGUACCUUAUGUGUCUGGAACGUUCUCACUUUAAAUUUCUAGUGGGAAAACUCGUUCACAAACUUCUCUACGCGAUGAUGAGCCGAAGAAAAUUGCUGUAAGCUCGUGCAUCGCGCCGACCACUCAUUACAGCAUAGGUCGCAAAAAGAAGUGUUUCCUCUCAGUCCACAGAGUCCAGCCAGCAGUGAGCAAUUGAAUGGUUGAUUUUACGACAGUUACCCGAUUCAGGUGAUAUCCCUUACGAAUAUACCAAUAACGAGUUGUAAAAAAAAAUCAGAAAAGAGGAAAAUGCAGUAGGUCUGCUGGCCGAUGAUAGGCAGAUCUUAAGUUUGUGGUAGUGUGCGUGGGAGGCGUGGCCCCUGGUGUGACGAUGGCGGCCAUGAGCGCAAAAGUACAGAAACAGAAGAAGAUUCCUGUUGGCCUGGAACGAGGGUCAGAGCUGGUGUCAAUGAUACUCACCUACGGCACCAUCAUCGCCCUCCUGAUGGCCGUCUACUUCUUCUACCGAGUUUUCGUGGCUGUCCAGGAGUGAUGGGGGCGGUGUAGAGUAGUGUGGGAGCGCCAGUAUGGAGGUUACCGAGGAGGGCGGCGUGGGCGUGGGCGUGGGCGUGGGAUCUGUGAGGAGUGGUCGUCGCCGCAACUGUCGCACCUGCGGCCAGCUGCACCAGCCGCACGAGCCGCACUUGUACGACUACAUCGACGACGUAGAUGAAGAUGUCACCUGCCACAUCUGUUUACAGCCCCUGGUGACGCCACUCGACACUCCCUGCGGCCACACCUUCUGCCGACCGUGCCUCCUGUCUUUCCUGACGGUACAACAGAACUGUCCCGUCGACCGUAAGCCCCUGUCCCAGCAGCUGUGUAGUCAGUCUUCUCUUGUCCUUAAAAAAUUGUUGGAGAAACUUAAAGUAAGAUGUCCCAACGUGGAUCACUGCACUAUGGAGAUGCAGCGAGGAGACCUGGAAGACCACUUAAAGUACAGGUGUCCAGGUAACUGGGUGUCGUGUCCCCAUUCUACAUCCGGGUGUGAAUACCGUGGUUCCCAGCGCUCCAUCACCACCCACCUUACCACCUGCACUUAUAAAGAUCAUGGUGAGUAUCAGAGCAACGUAAAGAUAGUUUUACGUCUAGUUCUGUCACUUCUCUGCAGGUAUACACAUCAAGGUAAUGCGCAUUUUUUUUAAAUGGAGGACACCGCA